GGCAGGCAGGCGGGCCGGCCUCUUUCCUUCCCUGCCUCCGGGCCCGAGGGCCUCACGCCCGUCCUGUGACGCCAGCCGCCUCGCACUCUCCGCGGGGGGAAGGCGGGCACCUCUCCCGCCCUUCCCGGCGACGCUGGCGCCGCCUCCCCGCCCCCGGAGGGAAAGAAAAGCGCGAGCGGGCCGGCGGCGGGGGCAGAGGCCGAGGCCGGCUCCGGGGUCGCCAUGGGCUCGCUGGUGGCGGCGGCGCUGAGCGCGGAGUUCUGGCGGGGCCUCUCGGGGCCCGAGGAGGCGCGGCUGCUGGCGAGGCUGAGCUGGGGGCUGGUGGGCGGCCUGGCGCUGAUGCUGCCGCUGAGCAACGCGGUGGGGAUGCCCUACGGGCGCUACUCCUCGCCCUACUUCGGCCUCCCCAUCCCCGCCACCGCCGCCUGGAUCCUCCAGGAGUCGCCCUCCUGCCUCGUCCCCGUCCUCCUCGUCCUCUGCAGCGACGGCGCCCAGCUCGGAGCCUGGCCCAACCGCAUCCUCCUCGGGCUCUUCCUCUGCCACUACAGCUACAGGUCAUUCAUCUUCCCUUUCUUAAUUCGUGGAGGAAAACCAACACCUUUCGUUACUUGUUUUCUAGCUUUUGUAUUCUGUUCGUAUAAUGGGUAUUUGCAAGGGCGGAGUUUGAGUAACUAUGCAAAUUACCCUUCAGACUGGCUGACUGAUCCACGUUUCAUAUUGGGUCUUAUAGCAUGGAUGAGUGGUCUGACAAUUAAUAUACACUCCGAUCACAUUUUGAGGACCCUCAGAAAACCAGGAGAGACGGGCUAUAAAAUACCAAGAGGAGGAAUGUUUGAAUAUGUAACUGCAGCAAAUUACUUUGGAGAAGUUCUCGAAUGGUUUGGAUUUGCUCUUGCCUGCUGCACCAUAGAAAGUGCUGCUUUUGCCAUCAGCACAUUAAUGAUAUUAGGAUUACGAUCAUACAAGCACCAUGAGUGGUACCACAAGAAGUUUGAUGACUAUCCACGCAACAGGAAGAGACUUAUUCCCUAUCUGUUCUGAAUUCCAUCUCAUACUCUCUUGUUGCUUCUGAAAAAUCACUGCUGCUAUAGAAGAAGAUGUUGGCAAAAUAAUCUCUGGUGCUAUUGUGGAAAAAGAAUGAAAAUGAGAGGUUUGCUAAAUGAUUUCUGGUACCGAGAAAGAAGGGCGUUUUUGGGGGGGGGGGGUAGUGUGCUUCUGGUGAGAAAACAUAUUCCUUGUAAAAUCAUAGAGUUUGAAGAGACCAAUUUGAGUGCUUUGAACUACGAUACAGUUCCAAGUGGAAUAGGAGCACAGUCUCUUCAAAUGUGUGGUUGAGAAAAUGUGGAAACAAAUUCCUGCAUGUCAGGGUAGUGGACUGGAUGGUCCUUGUGGUCUCUUCCAACUCUAUCCUUCUAUCAUUCUAAAUUAGGUUAAGAGGAAUUACCUCCAAGGAAGAACAUGGUUGAUGCAGAACAUUUCUUUACUGCUGGCUAUACAUUUCCUGUUCCUAGGACCAUUGUGUGUCCUGCAAAUCUAUUUCAUCACCUUAAGAAACUUCUGUUUAGAGCAGAGCUGUUAAAAUGAAUAGGGCCUGUCACAGUUAAAUGUGUCUAUUUUGAGUAAAGCCGGUUUUAAUUUAGCUGAGGAUAUUGAAAAAGAGGGUUCAAAUAUUGUACUAUAUGAAAUAUCUUCAGAGUUUUGGUCUAGGAAUAUACUCUAGGAGUCUGCCAAACAUCCAAUAUGAUCAUCAUAGGCAAUCCCUUGUAGCUGAGUAUGAUUGCCUUCCAAAUGUGGGUCCUUGGUGAUGGGUCCCUGAGUGACUAGAGACCUAUUCUUAAUCUGCAUAUUUUUUCGCUUUGAGGACAGGUGGCAGGCGAUCCCGACAGUGGUUGGCCUGACAUGCCUUCCUCUUGUCAUGUUUCCUCCUUUCACUCUCCAUUCGUGCCUCUUUGAAUUCCACAGCACUGCUGGUAACAGCUGACCUCCAGUUAGAGCGCUCAAGGGCCAUGGCUUCCCAGCUCUCAAUGUCUAUGCCACAGUUUUUAAGGUUAGCUUUAUAAGCUUAACAUAUCCAAUCUGAUGCCAAACCUUUCAGGAUGGAACAACUUACUCGUAUCGCAUUUUAACACCUUCAUUCCUCUGUCUUUGAAACAAAUCAAACAAAUAACUGAUUUAUGAAGGGACAAAUAAGGUUUUCUUAUGCAAACCUUUUAUUUUUCUGAGUGAAAGACUUUAAUAUAAACAAUGGCUAAAAAUCCUGAAUGUUAUAUAUAAAACAGGCAGAUCAGAAAAAGUAUUAGGUAGUAAAGUUAGUAUCCAAUGAUUGUUUUUCACACCAUUUUCUCUGCUCUUUUUCUUAAAAUGAGUGACUUUUGUGUCCGUUUGAUAAAAUGAAGAACACUUACCAUAAUAACUCACACCAUGAUUUAUUGUCUCUUACCUUUCUAGGUGUUUGUCAAUUUAUAGAUUUUUUUUACAAAUAUUUAAAAUGUUUAAAAGUAAAUUCAAUUCAUAUGUUUGCCAUUGUUCACAUAAAAUGUACUUUUAAGUGUACUGCAUUCAAACAUAAUUUCUUGAGAAAAGCAACUUCAAUUUAACUGAAGUUAGGGAUACAGGAACUCUGUGAAAGUGAAAAAAGCAAAAAUUAAAAAUUGUUCUUUCUUAGCUUUGAAGAACACCUUCCAAGGAAUUUCUAGGUCUUCCAGCAUGAUUUUAUGCUCAGUGGCCCUUCAAUGAAGUUUACCAAACCAUAUAUACACACACACACACAUACACACACACACAUCCAUCCAUCCCUACAGAAUGGGGAGAAAAUUCAGAAAUGUUACAUGCAAGCGAAACAGAAAAGAGAAGAAUGAUACUGUAGGGCAGUAUCACCAGCCAGUUUACCAGCUGUUAGGAUUUCUGGGAGUUGAAGGCCAAAACAUCUGAGCACCCACAGGUUGAAAACCACUGCUGUAGGAGGAUAAAAAUGUUGGAGGUGGCACUCCCAGAUGGAAAAGGGGUGUGUGGAAUUACUGUUUCACUAGCUGUUCCUCUACUCACCUCAUUGUGAAACCUUGUUAUGGAACUGAUUUACUAACCCUAAAGACAAAAAGAAGUAUCUACUUGUUAAGUUUUUCUUAUUAAUAUCUGCCAGGAAAGAAGGACAGGAAUAGUUGACUGGCGUAAGAGAGCAGGUGUGACUGAACCUGCUAACUGCCUUUUCUUUUCUACUCUAUAAAUAUGGUGGAAACGUUUACCUUUUGAAAGUUGAGAAGAAAGGCAAAGUAAGAUGUAUUACAAAUCUAUGUGGCAAGUAUAUUUGUGCUUACUCUUACAGAAGUCAUUAAAAACAGGCGUCGCAACAGUCUCCGCUCCAAGGUUUUCUGAAAUGAUCAAAUGUGACACCAGAAUUUACAAAUCUGAAAAAUAACAGUAGCAGAAAGGUACCUCUUCCUGCUUUGUGGUGUUGACCCCCCCCCACCUGUUUUUCUAUGAAUGUACAAACAAAAAUGUGUAGCAUCCCCAGUAAUCUGGAAAGACAGUUGAAAUCCUGCUUGCAUCUAGUGGAAAAGCACUGAGGGUGUACCAUUAAAGGGCCUCUAGAAGCGGUUUUUGUUGCUGGAAACUGACAAGGAGACCUUACAAAAUGAAAUGCAGCAAUUGCUUGUCUGAGUGAGCUGUAUCUUUCUAAAAGUGUAAAAUAUUUUCAAUUAUUUCUUGACUGACAUUGAUUGCUAGAAUGGACUUAUACUGCUCCCUAUCGUUCCUAAAGACGAAAUGAUCCAAUACAGCAUGUUUUUCUUUGGAAAUAGUCCUAUCAUAUUUAGUAAUAUUAACAAGUAAAAGUAUACCUAAGCUUGCAGUCAGCGGUCACCAUUAUUUUCAACCCAGUUGGCAAAAGAGAUUGCAAGAGUGAAGCACUCCAUUUUGACUCUAGCCCCCGGCCAGCACAGUUUAGAAGAAAUAUUUCACUUACCAUUUAUAGUGUGAUAAAUCAUAUUUAAUAAUUUUAAAUGGGAAAUUGCCAAGGACAGUGAUGUCUUGCUGACAUUUCUUCAAAUACUACUCAUGGAAUAUUACUUACAGGGAACAAAUACUGGUGCUUUUUUAGUCUAAAAUGAUCAUUUGUACUUAAUGUACUUUGUCUUAUUAUUGAUGAAAUAAAGAUAUUUUUCCUA